AUGUUAGCGAAACACCACUGUGCCCCGAACUACAGUCAGUCACUAUCUUUCUUGUCAAGAUGUAACCGGUCUGCUGAGUUUCGUAAGCAAUUUCAGGAACUUCCACAAAACGGGACGAAUGGAAUACUGAUACGGUGUUUGCCCGGUGUUCGUGAGCAGCGUCAUGCCCCCUUAGCUGUCCCCAGAUUUAUUCGAUCACCACAAACGCAAAAAGUGAUGCCGGGUACAGUCGCAGCUCUUCAUUGCAGUGCCAUCGGUCAGCCAAUGCCGCAGAUUGUCUGGAUGCGGAACGGAGCAUACAUGCACAGCACAUCGCAGUCAAUAGGUGGCCAAUCCACCCUACGGGUCAAAGUUGAUGAUAAUGACGACGUCGGCGAUUACAUUUGCUUGGCUCAGAAUGUCGCGGGCGUCGCAAGCACUGUGGGUACCCUAGUACUCGAGCGCAAACCAAAUAAGACUGAACGCCGAUCAGUUGCAAUGCUAGACUGUAUAUCGACGGAUAAAAAACAGCUUUUUGUGGGCAAUAUCGUCUGGAAAUUGUUCGACUCAGUGCUGAAUAGCUCAGCUGAGUCAGUAAAACGGCUACAGAAUGGCUCGCUUAUUGUGUUUGAUGUCAACAGAAAUAAUUCGGUAAAAAUGCUUUGCGCACUGCUUCGGAUAGAUAGAUUGAAUUUGCUCAACUAA